AGGAACUCCGGGCGCCGCGGCCUUCCCGGAACCGCAGGGAGCGGGAGUCGCUGGUCUCUGCUCCCGGUCCGGUCCGGUCCGGUCCGGUCCCGGUCCGGAUCCCGAGGAGGAUGAGUCGCAUCUACCAGGACAGCGCGCUCCGGAACAAGGCGGUGCGGAGCGCGCAGCUGCGCGGGGCCUGGGAGCCGGCCGCCCACCAGGGGGGAAACGGUGUCCUGCUGGAGGGAGAGCUGGUGGAUGUAUCUCGGCACAGCAUCUCGGAUGCUCAUGGCAGAAAGGAGCGCUACUACGUCCUGUACAUCCGGCCCAGCCACAUCCACCGCCGGAAGUUCGACCCCAAGGGCAACGAGAUCGAGCCCAACUUCAGCGCCACCAGGAAGGUGAACACAGGCUUCCUCAUGUCGUCCUACAAGGUGGACGCCAAGGGGGACACGGACAGACUCACGCCCGAGGCCCUGAAGGAGCUGGUGAAUAAGCCGGAGCUGCUGGCUCUGACCCAGAGCCUCACGCCCGAGCAGACCGUGGCCUUCUGGGUGCCCGAGUCCGAGAUGGAGGCCCUGGAGCUGGAGCUGGGGGCCGGGAUUCGGCUGAAAACCCGAGGCGACGGCCCCUUCCUGGAUUCGUUAGCCAAACUCGAGGCUGGAACAGUGACCAAGUGCAAUUUCGCUGGCGACGCGAAGACGGGCGCGUCAUGGACCGACAACAUCAUGGCCCGGAAGCCUUCCGAAGGGGCCAAGGCGGAGACCCGAGAGCAGGGGGACGGGGCGGAGGAUGCGGAGUGGGACGACUGAGGUUUCUGGAAGAAGGCGUAACCCCAGGGCUCACCGACGCUGAGAAUUUCUGCCAUCGACUUCCCUUCUGCAGUUCAAGGAGAUUAAAAAAAAAAAAAAAAUGCCUGGCUGGUGUGGCUCAGUGGUUGAGCAUCAACCUAGGAACCAGGAGGUCGCCAGAGGCCUUCCUCGCUCUGAACAAGCCGUGCUGAGACCAAAUCCAACAGCCACACCCUUAGCAUCAGGGCCGCUGUAGCCUCCUAGUUUUUUUGACAGCCACGGCCUGAGGGCAGCUGUGUCUCUGCAGGCAGGUGGUGAGUGAGUGCCCCAGCCCCAGCGCGGUCAGAGGAACUGGGCUUGGUCUCGGUGCAGAAUUCGGAAACAUCCCCCUUGUAUAUGCAAAGCGGCCCGGAGGAAGAGAAGCUGACAGCUACUCCCUCUGCCCUGGGAUUCUCCCGGUUCUUCCCUCACCUGUCCUCCCUGGUGCUCUGGGCCAGGGCCUCUGCUCUGCUGCUCAGGCCUCCUGUCCCUGGUGCCCUUUUCUCUCCUGAAGCUGCCAGUUCUCUCUUCCUCCUCUGUGUCUCCGCCACCUUGGGGGGGUCCUGCUUCCUGGCCUCUCUGUCUGCUUGUCUGGGGAUGCUGUGCCCAGGUGUGGCUGGCUGGUCCUCACCUCUCAGACACACUCUGCCAGGCCACGUUUUUGAUAGCACCUUCCCCCCCCCGCCCCCCC